GAAGACGACGAGGACGAGGACGAUGAGGAUGAGGACCUAGAUGAUAUCGAUGACCUGGAGGAACUCAGCUAUCAACAGCAGUUGGCCUUGAUGAGGCUUCACCAGAGGCAGGACUCGGGUGUUUCGCAACAGCUGUCAAAUGAAUUUGGGACGAUUGCCUUGGUGUCUUCUUCCUCUUCAGCCGAAAGUGGGUCAGGACCUUCAUCGUCACCUUCAUCGUCAUCUUCAUCUGGAGGAGAGUCGUCCAUGAAACAUGCGGCACAAAGUCAGGCCGUCGAGAACAAUGAAGGCUCUAGCAUUGGCGCGGUAUCGAUUUCGAAGGCUGGUGCUUCCGAGUUCUUGGCAGCAUCAACACACCACAAUUAUUCGAUUGCCGCCUCUCAAGUCCUGAACGCUGCACUUCCUUCGUUUAUCCCAUCCAUGGUGGCGCCUAUCGUUUGCGUCUUUUCUUAUCCCUCUCCACCAACCUCGAAAACUAACACGCCCAGCCAGUCAGCACCUUCCUCUCCAGAUUCGAUAACUUCAGUCAAGGGCAAGGAGGUCGCCUCUGAUAUCCCAAUGCGUGUGUCCGAAAGGGAGCCGGAGCUGGAUUUCACACCGAUACAACAACACAUUAAGCAGGAGGAUGAGGACGAUGAAUAUCUUCGAGCGGCCCUCCGUGCCGAUCCAGGCAUCGCGGCCGUUACCUCUACGGCAUGGACGACCGCUGAACGUGAGGCCUUGUUCUUGGCGGCGACCCGAUUCAGACUCCGGGGCCAAUGGUCUAGGAUUCGACAGAUGAUGGGUUUGCACCGUACCGACAAAGAAAUCGAAAGUGAAUACCAGCGACUGUAUGGUGAGACUGACGACGAGGACGAGGACGUGGGCUUGGACCUCGAGAGUCAAGGCGACCAAGAGAUGCAGACAGCUGACGGAGACAUGGACCUUGUACCCAUCAAGCAAGAGGGCGAUGAAGAAGACUAUGGUGAUGCGGACGAUGAAGCCGAAGCUACCAUCUUUAUGCGAUUCGGAGGGCAUCACCACCAUAACCGUCGACCAUCUUCGAUCUUGGCGCCGAUUUCGCUGUCUCUCGUUCCCCAAGGCACACAGUAUAUCCCUCCCUCACAAGAUGAAGAGUCCAUCCUCAUGGCUAUCGAGCCGCUACCAACGAUCACUCCAACAACGACCAUACCACCACCACCGACAACAACAACAACAACAACAACAACAACAGCAAUGGCAAAUUCUACAACAGCUUCACAACGAUCUCCGCACCGACACGCACAUCAUCAUCGAUUAGAUCGUGGCCAUCACUACUAUCGCCGCGACGACAGGAUCUUGAGGACCUUGAACGAAAAGUCGCUCAGGGUGAUCAAGAAGGAGUUUAUGAUUGACAAACGAUUCGCGCUUGAGGACAUCCCAAUGCGCCUGUAGAGCCCUAUUUACCUUGUACUUUUUUUUCCUUUUACA